AGACCAUAAAUCUUAGUGGUACAGACAGAAUCUAUGAAUACACAGCUGGAAUAGAAGAAGUGGCUUAAACGUCUGAUGAGGAUUUGCAAAUGGACAGGACCUCGGAAAGCUAUCUAGCCCAUCUCGGUCCUUUUAAGGAUGAGGUGGCAUUAGAACCAAGGUCCUGGGUCGCUCUGACCCUAAAGCCAGAGCUUUCUUCCUCGGUACCGCAUGUGACGUCCCCAACCCCGUUUGAUUGCGCUAAAGUAGGGCAAGGCCCGAAGGUUUCCGGAGGGAUGUAUGACACGUGAUAAGUCACGUCACGGUAUGAGGUCAGACUAAAUGCCGGUGCAAAGCAAGGCUUCCCACUACGCCAAUGUCCGCCCGAGGGGGGCGCCCUACGGCCGCGCCAGGACCUCCAGCACAUGCGCAUCGCCUAGCCGCCUCCAUCUACUUCCAACCCCGGAAACCCGCCCUUCCUUCACCCAUUCCCUCCCCGCCUCCCACAACAAUCUCUCAAGUUCUUCCAGCUGCGUCUGUAGCUGCCGGAAAAUGUUACAAUCCCGGAAAGCACCGCGCGCCUCAGAACUUCCGGUCCACUCGCUUCCCUUCCUCUCAGUCUGUUAGGCUUAGCCGGCAGCCCUGAGGGUAACGAUGGCCGAAUUGGACAUCGGAAAGCACUGCCAGGUGGAGCACUGCCGGCAGAAAGAUUUUCUUCCAUUUGUGUGUGAUGGCUGUUCAGGAAUAUUCUGUCUUCAGCACAGAAGCAGGGAGUCUCAUGGCUGUUCUGAGGUGAACAUAAAAAGUGAGAGAUUGAAGACUGAUGACCAUUCAUCUUACCCAUGUUCAUACAAGGAUUGCAAUGGAAGAGAGCUUGUGCCAGUGUUAUGUCCCUUCUGUGAGAAGAAUUUUUGCCUGAGACACCGGCACCAGUCAGACCACGAAUGUGAAAAACUGGAAGUUCCUCAGUCUCGGAUGGCUGCCACACAGCAGCUUGUUAAAGAUAUCAUAGAUUCUAAGAAAGGAACAGCAAUAAGCAAAGGUCGCAGAGGUGCAAAGAACAGUGAAACUGCAGCAAAAGUUGCACUGAUGAAAUUAAAAAUGCAUGCUGAUGGAGAUAAAUCUUUGCCACAGACAGAAAGAAUUUACUUUCAAGUAUUCUUACCUAAGGGGAGCAAGGAGAAAAGCAAACCCAUGUUCUUUUGUUGUAAAUGGAGUAUUGGCAAGGUGGUGGAUUUUGCAGCUUCAUUAGCCAGCCUUAAAAAUGAGAACAACAAAGCAACAGCCAAGAAAUUAAGAUUGUGUAACAUUGCAACAGGAGAAGCCUUACCUUCAGAUCAAUCUUUGGAUACGUGGAUUACUAAGGAAGAUUGCCCUUUAUAUAAUGGUGGAAAUAUUAUCUUAGAAUAUCUUAAUAACGAAGAACAGUUUUUGGAAAAUGCUGACUCUUACUUAAAGUAGCCAUUCAAGGACAACCCACAGUUAUUAGGAAAACAAUACAUUUUAAAAUUAAUUUAUUAAAUAUUAACACCAUGUACUCUUCAAAGAAAGGUGCUUUUAAGCUUAGUUCCACUAUGACAGUGAUACAUUAUUUAAUGAGUUUUUAUAUAAACUUUUUUGUAAUUAUGCUAAAAAUGAUGAUAAGAGUAAUUUUGGGCUGAAAACCAAAUAUCAAUAAAUUCAAGUAAAGCAUUACUAUAUACAUGUACACACAGAACAUAGGUCUCUUCCCAUGAUGGAUAGUAAUUCUUUGUCUAAAACUUCAUCCCAAGAAAUGUAAUAAAAGAGGAAACACAGAAAUAAAAAUAACUGUUUUAAAGUU